CGGUGUAAAAACGCUCCGGCUGUACUGGACAUCCUUGCUCUGGGUUACUGGAAGUAAUUUAAUGGGAAGACUAAUAACAGAUCAUCAAGUGUGCGGAGUACCUGCUCACUCUGAGGGGUUGGACAUGAUAGGAGGCGUUUCCAGCAUUUGCUGCACGUCGCUCACAGACAUAUCUCGCGCUCCCAGCUGUUGGAUGGAAGCACCGGUCAAGCGCAGUCCUUAUGGGCGACCACUGAAAGCGUGAAUCGUGAAUGGAGUCACCUCGUUUAUUAUAGAAUAUAGACAGAAAUGAAAGUUGGAUUUGGAGAGAGCUGGAACGACAGAAACGCUGCGUAACGGAGACCGCACGCCUCCAAUGACCGGGGACUGGUGCGCUUUGGCACCGAAGGGAAGCGCCAAGCUUCGCUGACGAGCUGAGCAUCAAUUUAGAUUAAAAAAAAAUAGCCAAUUCUAAGGGCUGAAUAUGUUUUCAUGGACUAGCUCCCAUGAUGUAAAGGUGCAUUUUUUAACUUUAAUUCCGGAAUAGAUUCUGGAAAGUGUUCGUGCUCAUUUUGCUCCCCUUCAACCGUGCCAAUGCUGGAAUGGCUUGUGGCUCUGUGCGUUGUGAUCCUGGUGGUCCUAAUCUGGCCAGGUUACACAUAUUUCAGCGCCGAGCGCCAGCGGGAUGCUGUGCUUCAAGGACUGGGCUUUUCACAGCAAGUAGCGAAGGAAAAGACCGGGAGGUGCGUCUCGGACCGGCAUGGGAGCGACGGUGGGCAGCCGGCCUGUGUGGAGGCUGUGACCGGGGAGAAAACACGCACCGCGGGGCUCAUAUGCAAACCAUCCGCGCUGGCCAACUACCUCCUGAAACACUGCCGGACUUUCAGUAAUUACUCCCCGUGUGUCGGCCGGACAUGGCGGGCCAGCGCCUUCCUGCAGAGCGUGUACGAAGCGUGCUGGCCGUAUGAAAGCCCGGUCCAGUUUGUGCGGGACAACCUGCAGCUGAGCGAUGAUGGGCUGGUGGCCUUGGACUGGGCAGUGCCGUCCUACCAGAAAAGACGCAGGACUUCUAGUCACUCAACCAGCCCGGUUCUGCUCAUCAUCCCAAAUUCUUUUGGGAAAAUCACUAGAAAUGUGUUGAAGUUGUGUGAGAUGGCCCUGUCCCAUGGCUACCUCCCAGCAGUUUUUAACCGCCGUAGCCACAACGGCACCCCGCUCACCACCCUCAAACUGCAACAGUUUGGUGACCCUGCAGAUCUACGUGAGGCCGUGCGCUACAUUCGCUACCGACAGCCGGCAGGAAGACUGUAUGCUGUGAGCGAGAGCUCCGGGUCGGGCCUACUCCUGUCUUACCUGGGGGAGUGUGGAUCAUCGAGCUACGUGACGGCGGCCGUCUGCCUGUCACCAGUGUUCCGCUGCCAGAGCUGGUUUGAGAAUGGACUGUGUUGGCCUCUGCAGUGGGCGUUGGUGCUGUACCAGAAGAUUUGUCUCAGCAGGUACAGGACGGUGCUGGGUGAGACCAUGCAGACAGACACCCUGUUUUCCAGCUGUUCUUUACGAGGCCUGGAAGAAGCGCUUUUCUGUCAGACUGGACAUGUGGGAUCCACACCAGCAGCACCUACAGGGAGCAGCAGCAACACUGCAGGUGCCUGGGAUGUUUACUGGGAACGCAACGAACCCUUAAGAGAUGUGGACGAAGUGGCGAUUCCUGUUUUGAGCGUGUGUGCUCGGGAUGACCCUGUCCGUGGAGACACUCAGUCCACGAUACCGUUGGAACUCUUUGAGACAAACCCACAUUUUUUUCUCCUCCUAACUGACCGUGGAGGUCACUGUGGUUUCUCCACCCAGUCUGAGGAGAGUGCCGGUGCAUUGGGCGCAGUUGGUUCUGUGGCAGCACCAAACAGUGGGAUGCAGAGCCACGGGGCCAACUGGAGCCACAGAGCUCUGCUGGAAUUCUUCAGGGCGACCACAGACUUCUUCAAUGCAGAGGAGAGAGCAAAGCAGCUCGCUGCGAGGAGGAGGGGGCUGGGCGGAGGGGCAAUAGGGAGGGUUUUCCGCCACCGCAGCGUCAGUACUUGUAAACGGGUGCCAGCAUGUUCCCAUAAUAUCCAUGCCAUUUACAACUGGCAGAGGUCUUACACACGAUGAGGGAGCUUAAUAGAAGUUAAAGGCAGCCUGUGCAGUUUCCUGGUGAUCAAACAAAAGUUGCAUUCAUGUUCAGUUCACCAAAACACAGCUGUCUGCACACUUGACAUUUAAUAAAGGUGAUGAAUGCACCUUUUUUUCCUCACAAAACACUUGCAAAGCUGAUUUGUCUUUUAAAUCCUGCUUUGUUUGCAUCCGUGUAGUGAAUAGGUUUCUUAUUCCCUGCCUUUUACUUUACUGUGUUGCUUGUUGCAUUACCACCACUUGUACAUGAGUGGAUUUGUGUGACUCCAUUGGUGCGGCUGCAAAUCACGUCACAAUACAAACAGAACAAAACAGGGAUUCACUCGUAGCAUUAAAACUCCACAGGGCACCAUUAAUAGUCUACACUGAUGCUUCCUGAAAUGGUUUGGAUUUGAAUUGUGAAGUACUCAAAGUGUUCUCUGCCUGCAUGACACUCAGCUAGAAAGUGUUAUGAGAACUCGAAAAGUGUCGGGGUUGUGACUUGACGGAGAACUUUUAAGUGAGAGUGUCUGCGCUGUUCUCGCACUCUUAAUAUGAGCCAUAAACCACUAUGAUAGAAAAAAUAAUGACAGACCAGAGGAUUACAUAUAGGUAGGUUUAACUAGCCCAAAAGUUGACUCUAAACUUUCAAAGUGGGUGUCAGAAAGAUUCAAGUCCCUUCAGUGUCUGUUGUUUUGUUAACAUACCUACAGGACAGUUACUGAGUUAAGUGUCUUACAUUUUACACAGCUUGAAACCACAUUUGGCAAGGUUUCUACCACAGCUGCACUGUCAUCUGGGUUAUUAAAAGCUUGACAUUUGUUAUAUCUUACUGUCAUUUUACUAAAAGUGUAUUUAUUGGAGAACAAGUGUUGUGCCGAGGGCAGAAAGAAUUAAAUUGAGAUGAAAUGUUAGAGUUUAAAUGAACUCGUCCAAUGUUAUUGUACAUCUUAAAGUCAGUUUACUGAGUAUAUUAUUAAAAGUUCUCUUCUGUAGUAGGAAAUGUUCUGUGAUGCCCAGAAUAGAGGAAGCAUUGCGUGAUCGUUUCCCAGUCAGCUUUUAGAGGAAAGUCUGUGUCAUGAGCUUGUGAUAUUUUAAAGAAAGGGGUGACUGGAAGCAUUUUGUGAGUUUUCCUGUUUCAGCAUUUAAACUCUGUGCUCCAAAUCUUUUUUCCCCAGCAGCUCUUUAGGACCUUCAUGUGCUGAGUAUCACUGGUUUCACACCAAGAUGGAGAAUUCAAGACUUUUUGUUUGAAACAUCACUCAGCUCCCUGGAAAUGUUGUUAUUUGGGUUCAUUCUUACUGAUUAAGAGAUAAAUUGUACAAUUUAUGAUAUAAAGUAAUAAAUAUUUUUAUUUUGGUGUUCAUAAAGGCAGCACAACUGAUUGUAAAGCAAAGAAAAGCCACGGUUUAUUGUAGCAGGACAAAAUUGCCAAGUGCUGUUUGUCAAAUGAUUGUUGUCUUCUGUUAUUUUAUAAAAUAUGCCACACAUGUUAAAUGAGUUAUAUUGAGUAAUUAAAUUAAAAAUAUAAUAAGUGAACUAUGAAAACAGUAUGGGGAAUUGCAUCUUUUAUGAAAAACACAUCCUGAAAAAUAGCAUUCGGAUCAUUUUCCUUCUACUACAGAUGAGUAAAUUCCCCAUUAAUACCAAUGGGUUGUAUAAUGUGUCUUGUUCUAUAUUGCAGACCUCACUAAAGCUGUGAUCUGUGGUUUUGUCAGUCCCCCUCUCAGUGCUCACAGACACUCCCUGUUAUAGCACAGUCCCCAUAGCCAUGCCAUGCUGAGUGUGUGUGUGUGUGUGUGUGUGUGUGUGUGUGUGUGUGUGUGUGUGUGUGUGUGUGUGUGUGUGUGUGUGUGUGUGUGUGUGUGUGUGUGUGUGUGUGUGCGUGCGCGUGCGCGCCAUUCACUGCAGUGUUUAUCCGCCCACUGAGCCUUAUCCACUCAGACAGCUGGAACACAGCAGAGUACACACAGACACACACGAAAUGUGUGUCGGCAGACACACUGUCAACACGCAUCCUCACUAUCACACACACGUGAAAACAGAGACCCACAAAUAAAUGCUCACACACACAUACAGACAUGCAAACAAGCUCUCACAUACAGGAUGUUCUUACACAUGCUCAUUAUCUACAGGGCAAAGAAGAAGAAGCAAAAACUGCCUGUUUCACACAGAUACUAUAUUCUACACGGUGACCCCCACAUGUAAAUGACUCCAUGAUUAAUAUAGGAAAUCCUUCUAAAAAAAAACCUGAAGUGAUACCAAACCAUUUCAACACUAAUAUAACUCUUGGAAUUUGUAAUUAGACAAAGGUGUGAAUGGAAACACAUUUUCAAAUGUUAUUUCAUUUACCUUUUCAUAUUUAUUAAAAGCUGCAUUGACAGACAGCC